AUGGCCGCUAGUGUCGUUGCUAUCAACACCAAACCUGCCACAUACCAUGUCGGUUGUUUGAAAGACGCCCCCAAGACGGAUUGCAACUAUCCCACAUCGUGGACGAUCAUCCAAAGCCCAGAGACAGUGAGCUCCACCGGGAAAUAUAUCGCCUCGACCUCGGAAGAAACAACCAGUUACGAUAUUAUUGUCACUCAGUCUUACGAGUGCUCUCCGAAAUCCUCAACUGAGUUGGCCAGCUGCACUAUGAGUGCAGGCAUGAGUGGGUCGCUGGACGGAGGGAAGUAUGAGCUUUCCACCUCCAGCAAGGCGACUUACACGACAGAGCCAUUUUCCAAUUCAUACUACCAGUUGACAGUAACCGGAGGACUGAGCAAGCUUACGACUACUCAGGCAACUACAACAUCUGGCGGUGCUGUCGCUGGACUCGCAGGUGCUUUCAUUACGGCGCUGCUGUGGUUGCUGCUGCAAUGGCUGCUCUGCUGUGAUGAUUCCAGAUAUCCAUUUCGCUUAGUGGCGGAGACGGGCUUUCUCACAUUCACCCUUGUCUUUGGGAGGAGCUUGAACAGAGUUGGGGUCCAAAUUGAACGCUCGGAUCACAUGAUUCAACGGAAGUUCCAAUUUAAAAUUAGACAACCUACUAGAGAGACUACCAGACCCUUUUACUAUGUUCCUUCCGCCAAGAAAUCGGCGUUAUUCAAACGUGAUGAAAUUCUUGAUAGGUUGAAUCGGUACAGUUCCUCACUCAACUUUCCGGUGAGCGUCUUGUAA